AUGCUGAAGCAUUCUCCAAGCAUCCAUUUUGCAACCUUGGACCACACCCACCGCGAUGUCAAUGCGCAGGCCUUCAAGACCCUGCCGAUUGACCCUGUGCGCAGCAGCAGCUACAGCUCCCGCCUGUCCAUCUUCUACGCCAAGCACUUUGGGCCCCUGCCUGUCGACCGCCCGCCCCAGCAGCAGCAGCAGCAGCAGCUGCAGCAGCAACAGCAGCAGCAACAGCCGCAGCAGCAAACCCCUCAGCAGAGCGCGACGCCGCCGCCGCCGCUGCCGUCGCAGCAACAGCAGCAGCCGGCAUCAAACCAGCUGCAUGCCAAUGGGGCGCCGGCGGCAGUGCAGCAGCACCACGAGGAAGCGGCGGCAGCACAGCAGCAGCAGCAGCAGCAGCAGCAGCAGCAGCAGCAGCAGCAGCAGCAGCCUAACACGGAGCCGCAGCACGAGGACGUGCAGGUGCUGCAGGAGGACAAAGUGCAGCGGCUGCAGCAACAGGAGGGGCAGAGCCACGGGGAGGAGCAGCAGCCACCGCAGCAGCUGUUGCAGAAGCAGCAGCAGCAGCAGCAGCAGCAUGAGGAGGAGCAGCAGCAUCACCAGCAGGAGCAGCGAGAGCAGCAGCUUCAUCAAGUGCACGAGGAGGAGCAGCAACAGCAGCAGCAACAGCAGCAACAGCCGCAGCAGCAGGAGGGAGGGGAGCCUGAAUUGGAGCCAGAAUUUGUUGAGGUGUCAUCCCCAACUUUUGUGCAGCCAGCGCUUGAAACCACCGCCGAUAGCGGCGAGGGGCAGGGACCAGCCGCGGCAGUGGUGGCGGCUUUGGCUGAGGUGUCGGAAUUGGCUAGCCUUGACGAUUUAGAGGUGAUGCCUGAGGGCUCGGCACUAGGUGGUGAGACGCCGCUGCCGGAACAGCAGAAGCAGCAGGAGCAGGCGCAGCAGCAGCAGCCGGAUCACACGCAAGAGGCGUCCAGCAAACCCGAGGGCAGCACCCCGAGCGCAGCGGCCACCACUGCUGCGCAUGCCAGCGUCCCAAACGGCGUCACGACCGGAAGCCGGGACGGCGGAAGCGCUCGGGUUGGCGCAGCGGAGGCCGCCGGUGCACACCCGGACGCGGCGACGGCAGGGCCCGCCGCGGAGGAGACGGCCAGCUGCGGCAGACGGGCGGAGCCCGGCGGCGGCUUGGUGGGCCGUCCGCCGAGCAGCGGGGAGGGGCUGGAGCAGCACGCGCCAGCCAGCUCAGACGUUUUAAAGCCGCCUGACAAGGAGGUGCAGGGCGGCUCUGAACUCAGCGCGGCCUGGACGAGACUCAACUCAGCAGGCAGGCGCGCCAGCAGCAGCAGCAGCGUGGGCGGCCGCAGGAGCUUGGAGGCACCGGUGGUGGGGCACGCAGCGGCCCGAGCGGGCGGGGACGGGAACGCGCGCUCGAGCUUUGGAGGCGGCAUCGACCUUUCUGCCAUGUUCGGGGACGACGGCCCCGCGAGCAGCGGCGCCGCGGCGCCCUCCCCGGCCGCGGCCGCCCCGCCGCAGCCUGCAACCUCGACGGCGGCGGCGGCGGCGGGGCAUUCCCUGCCGCAGGCGCAGUCUUGGGACCCCCUGCAGGCGUCCAGCACGCCCCUCGCGCCCGCCGCCUUCGACCGGCGCGUGUCGGGGCCGUCUGCCCCCGCCAGCCUGGACCCCGCCCCGGCCUCGCGCGCCGGCAGCAGUGCCGAUUUGAUGGGCGGCGGCGGAUCUCCAGGCGCCAACACAGCCGGGCCGCUGGCGCCUGGAGAGGCUCGGGACGCAGGGCUGAUCAGCUUUGAUGGCUGGGCCGGCGGCGGUGCGGAUGGCGGGUCUGCAGCUGGCGGGGGUGACGCCGUGUCACCGGUUGAUGAGCGGCGGCGAGAGGAUCCCACAGACCUGCUUCUUUAG